AUGGCCAGCUGGACCCCGAUCAACAGUCCCAAGCCUGCCAACAACAUGUCCUCGACUCUUAAGUCGGCCAAGAAGGCACAGUCCGUCGCUGGGGGCUCUCCUGCCGCCGGCGGCGGCGAGAAGCUCACCGAACGGGAGCUUUUGAUUCUGAGCAAGGCCUGGGGUUGCAUGAAGACUCAGCCUGAGAUCGACAUGCCCAAGCUCGCCCAGGAACUCGGCAUGACCAACGUUGGCUCCGCCACCAACGCCUGGGGCCGUAUAAAGAAGAAACUCUUCAGCGGCGCCAUGGACUCUCCCGGCGGUGCUGGAGGUGGUGGCGGUGGUGGCCGCAAGCGCAGGGCCGUCUCCGCGGCCGCGGCUGACGACGAUGAUGAUGACGACGAUAAUGACCGCGAUGACGAGCCAAGCCCCACCAAGAGGGCCAAGCCUGCCUCCCGGCCUCGAAGGAAGCCCGGCCGAAAGGCCAAGACCCCCGCCGCCACCGCCGCCGACGAGAAUGCCGAUGACAGCGAAGACGACGACAACGCCAAGAAGGAGGCCAAGACUGAGGAUGGGUACAUCAAGCCGGAGAAGAAGGACGAUGAUGACGAGGAGGAUGGCGCUGGUGAUGAUGGCGAGGGAGACAUGGCGGGAACUGCUUGA